GAGCAGCUGAGAGCUACAGUUUUACUUUCACCAGAGCACACAAACACACGCAGCAGCACAUACCAGAGACUGAAAGCUUUCAUCAACAUCCACUUACAGCUGGUCAUGGACUGCAUAGACCCCAUCCUGUCAGCGGUCUCAACAAUCUACGACCUGGUUGAGAAAGUGAAGGCCAAUAAGAAGCAAUGCUACCGCGUUCGUGACCGGGUCAAAGCACUGGAGCAUGUGGUGAAGUCCAUCAGAACGCAGAAACAGGGACAGACCUCUGCCGACUUAAAAAGAACCCUCCAGGAACUUUCCACUACGCUGGACUUGGCAACGGUUCUCAUCGAGAAAUUCACCUCGUCCACCUGGGUGAAACGCGUCCUAAAAUGCAGCAGCCACCAAGACGAGUUCCACAGUUUGAAUGAUCGCCUUAAUGAUGCCUUCCAGGUCCUUUCUUUAAAUCUGGCCGUGAAUCAGAAGGAAAUGCUGUUAAAGGUGUUUGACCAGACGUCCAGAGAGAAAGAAGAUGAGGCGGACAGGAAGGAGGACAACACCGAGCUGGAGAGAUUGCUCAGAGAGCAUGAGAAGGAGAUGCUUGAGAAACUCAAAGCCCUGCAGAGAGAAGUUGAAUUCAUCGGAGUCAACGUGGAAAAGGUCGUGGCGAUCUUGAAUAAGCCAAGCAUCACCAACGUAGACAUCCGAAAGAUCGAACCAGACGAGCUGACCUACACUGAUUUUCCCAAAGUGCCCUUCAUAAAAACAGAAACAUCAGAGGUGUACAAAGGAACUUACCUCCACUUCCCGGUGGCCAUCAAGAGAUACACUGAGACCCUGAACACCAGCCCAAGCACGGUGGAGAAGAUUUUCAAUAAGGAGGUUCAAACCAUGAGGCGGUUUGAGUCGCCCAACAUCCUGCGAAUGUUUGGCAUCUGUGUGGAGGAGGGACCCAACCCUCAGUUCCUCCUCAUCAUGGAGUACUGUGAGAUGGGAAAUCUCCGUCAGGUUCUGGAAAAUAAAAAACACACACUUUCCUGGACCACGAAGGCUCGUAUGUGUCGGGGCGCGGCAGGAGGACUCUACCGGCUGCACCACACUGAACAACAAUCUAAGGUUCAUGGAUCCAUCAACAGCAGCAAGUUCCUGGUGUCUGAAGGCUACGUAGUCAAGCUGGGAGGCUUUGAGCUGGCAAAAACUGAGACAUCGCUGAGAAAGACAACAAAGGCAAACGCGCACGGAUGUCUGGCCUACUCCUCUCCGCAGAUGCUGCUCGACAUCAACUACAAGUACAGCAAAGCGUGCGAGAUUUACAGCUUUGGAAUCGUCAUGUGGGAAGUCGCGACCCGUAGCAAACCUUAUGAAGGUUGGUCAAAUAAGGACUUCCUUGAGAAAGUGGGCAAAGAGAAAUACCGACUGCCGCUCCCUGACGAUUGUCCUAAACUGCUGGGAGAUCUGAUCAGCGCCUGUCUGGCCCACGAUCCCUUCCAGAGACCAUCCGCUGGAGAGCUGGUGGAUAAACUGCAAACUGCAUUGGGAAAGAUAGAGGAGCCUUGGCCUCUCCGUCAGCAGGACUCAGGGUUUCUGGUCAGGGACAUCGUCAGGAGAAGAAAUAAGACAAUAUAACACAAGAUGAUAUCCCUUUAUUGUAAUUGCAUGAUGCCUGCAGUGCGAUUCAGGUGUACUACCUGAGACUGUGCUCAAAAGAAAUACCUGUCUUACAACAUACAUUCACAAUUGUCAACACAUGAUUAAAAGAGGUGUGUGUGUGUGUGUGUGUUGCACUGUUGUUACGUCAUAGUCAGGUUGUAACUUAAUGAAAACUUCUGUAUAAUCCACAAAAAGAAUUUAGACUAAAAGCCAUACUUCUUUCCAGUUUACUGUGACUGUUAGAUCAUUGUGUGUGUGUGUGUGUGUGUGUGUGUGUGUGUGUGUGUGUGUGUGUGUGUGUGUGUGUGUGUGUGUGUGUGUGUGUGUGUGUGUGUUUUGAACGAACUGCUCAGCCAAUCUACUUCACUUGGUUUCCUGGGUACCCAAUGAACUUGGGGUUUGAAUUUCGGAGCAGUUUGCACAGCAUUGGAUGUUGGAUAUUAAAUUAAAAACCUGUGAAUAAAACUAAACGGACGAACAAACAAAAAAACUGCAGGCGCGACAAACAACAGGCUGUUGACACGCUAUGCAGGGGUGCAACUACCCAGAGGGGUAUGUAGCAACAAUUAUUUGUUGAGUUAUUGCAUAACUUAUGUUUUCCAGCUUCUUGUCUUUUAUUGUGCAUGAUACCUUACAUUAUUUUACAUUAAUAAAAUUGAGAUAUGUCAUGCAUGGGAUUGGUACCCUAGGGUUUCACCAAAAUCUAAAUGUCGCUAUCAGCAACAUUGGUUUGCAUUACGCUAGCUGUAAAUCUCACUUUAGCUGCUAGUGUUUGCAAACACUAGCUAGUCUGUGGACAGUCUUGUUGAAUGGAGGUUCAGUUGAAAACCCCAAAACAGCUAAAACUAUAUUACUGCUUUUUGAAAUGUAUUAACACAAAAACAGCUGAAACUAUAUUACUGCUUUUUGAAAUGUAUUAAAACAAAAACAGCUGAAACUAUAUUACUGCUUUUGAAAAGUAUUAACCCAAAAACAGCUGAAACUAUAUGAUUGCUUAAAAAUAUAAUCAUGCUAAACAUUGUGUUACUGAUAUUACUAUAAACAUGCUUAGAGACAUGUUUGUGUGAAUUGCUUUGUGCAUAGAGAGGAAACAUGGUCACAUGCAAUGUUUCCUAUAUGUAUGCUCUGCCUUGUAUUUGCAUUAAGAUUGUAUUACCUUGUAAGGUCGUAUAAAGUGGUAAAACACCUCGCUGCGACGGGGGGUGUAAACCUCAUGAAAUGUACGUAUAUAUGAGUGCUUCGCCAACGGGAAGCUCUCUCUUGCUUUUUGGGACAUCUAGUGCUUAAGAGCAUUUUGAGUGAUUGAACUUAUUUAAUUUUUUUUCUACUUAGCUUAUUUGCCUUUUUAACUUUUUGCUUCUACUGAAAUAA